AUGACUGUCGGAGACAACUUCGACGGUCACCAUGAACGGCCGACGAUUCGAAGAAGAAUUAAGAACAGCGUGAAAAGUGCGUGCAGUGCGAAAACGCUGGAAAAACGUCUGCCAAUAUUACGAUGGCUGCCAAAGUACAGUGCGACGCUUCUGAUCCAAGACAUAAUUGCCGGCAUCACCGUCGGCCUCACCGCAAUACCUCAAGGCAUCGCUUACGCUGUGGUCGCCGGCCUGUCGCCCGAGUACGGACUGUAUGCCGGCUUGCUUAGCGGAUUCGUUUAUCUUGUCUUCGGCAGCUGCAAGGACAUAACCGUCGGCCCCACCGCGAUCAUGUCCACCAUGACCGCGAAGUACGUGGCGGACUACUCGGCAGAUUUCGCUGUGCUGGCAGCCUUCCUCACCGGACUAGUGGCCCUCGGUAUGGGCAUCUUAAAUCUGGGCUUCCUCGUGGAGUUCAUCUCGAUACCCGUGAUUAGUGGCUUCACGACGGCGGCCGCGCUUCAGAUCGCGGCAGCCCAACUGAAGUCAUUGUUCGGUCUCAGCGGCGCCUCUGGGAGCUUCUUCGCUCAGUCCGUGUACAACUUCGUGAAAAAUCUGCGCACGGCAAAGCUCUGGGAUCCGGUACUCGGGUUCUCCACGAUUCUGAUUCUGGUCUGCUUGAAGAAACUGGGCGAGGGGUGCGGCCGCAACGACGGUCCAUCGAGGCAGCUGAGGUGGUUCGUUUCGUUAGCAAGGAACGCCGUGGUGGUAAUUAUUGGGAUCGUAGUAGCGUACGUCUUGAAGGUCACGACCGACAGCGAGCCGUUGGUGCUGAUCGGCGACAUCGGAAGCGGGCUGCCCAAGUUUCGUCCGCCCCCGUUCAGCACCACCGUGGGCAAUGAGACCUACAGUUUUAGUGACAUGACCCGGGUGCUAGGGCCAGAGUCGAUUGUCCUGCCGCUAGUCGCUAUACUGGAAUCGGUGGCGAUCGCCAAAGCCUUCGCCGGUGGUGUACGAGUAGACGCAACCCAGGAAAUGAUCGCACUCGGACUAUGCAACAUUAUCGGCUCUUUCGUGAGGAGUAUGCCUGUGACGGGGUCCUUCACUCGCACGGCGCUCAACCACGCGUCGGGCGUGCAAACUCCGGCCGGUGGCAUCUUCACAGGCUCACUUAUCAUUCUGGCCUUGAGUUUACUCACCUCUACGUUCUAUUACAUACCGAAAGCGUCAUUGGCCGGUCUUAUCAUAACCGCGAUGUUCUCUAUGAUCGAUUACACGAUAUUCCCUCGGCUUUGGGCGACUCGAAAAAAAGAAUUACUCGUCAUUGUAUCAACGAUGAUUGUUUGCUUGUGCGUCGGACUGGAAUACGGGAUUGUGACUGGGAUUGUCGUCGACGCUGCGAUGCUUCUGUAUUCUACAGCGAGGCCCUCAAUCAACAUAGAUAUUGUGAAAGGCGAGAAGGGCGAUUUGAUAAUAUUACAACUGACCGAGAAAGUAGCAUAUUGCGCGGCGGAGCAUGUACGCAGGGCGGUAUUGCAAGCGUCCCAGGCAGCGGUUGUGGAUUCGAUCGUCAUCAUUGAUGGCACCAGUUUGAGGAACAUGGACUCAACUGUUGCGUCUAACCUUAUAUCGGUUGUGAAAGACCUGGAGAAGAACUCCUGUCAAAUAUUGUUCUUAAACUUCGAUUCACAAUUGAAAAAGAUGUCCACCGAUAUAAAUGCAAAAAUUUCGAGUAAAUUUGUAACGGCUUCAAACGUUCUAGAUAUAGUAGACUUCACUCCGAAGAGUGUU